AUGUCCAUCAGUGUGAAUCUGAGGAGGAUCUCCAACCUGCCGGGACGAUACGACAGGAAGGUGGAACUCUGCUUCAGAGGUUUCACUCAUAAAACUCGGGUCCUGAAGUGUGAGAACUUGGCCAUCUUCAACGAGCAUUUCCGUUGGCCUCACUAUGGUAAAGUGAUCAGAGAAGAAGUUUUAUCCAUCAGCGUUUACAACUGCAGUAAAGUCUUCUCUAACAGAUUAUUGGGUAAACUGGUCAUCAGUCUCCAGCAUGUCGUCACCUCAGGGAGGCUGUUGCUACGGGAACCGCUCACUGAUGCUAACUACGGCCUGACUGAUAUCUAUAUCGAGUUGGAUAUUCGGUAUCAUCCACUUGAGGGAACAGCAGGAAACUGGGAGGAACUGGACUUCCUCAAAGUUGAAGACAAAGAUGAGUCAGCUCUGAUCAUCAGGAAUGAAGGAUUUGAUGAACCUGACAGUCAGCAGGCUGUUGCUCGUCCAGGCCUAUUGGAGAGAGAGGUUCGGCGUUUGGGGCGGAGCCUGGUCAGGACUUCAUCAGGAGAUGAAGAUGAUGAUGAAGAUGAUGAUGAUUUUGACGAUGACAUGAUGGACCUAGAGGCCUCCAACAUCAUCUUCACUCCUCUGCUCAGUCGUUGCAGGCCAAUGUCCAAAAAUACUACCUCCGCAACGCCAAGAGUCAAGAGCUUCCAGGUGAACGUAAACAUCCUGGAGGCUCAGAAGCUGGUCGGUGUAAACAUCAACCCUGCAGUUUUCCUGCGAGUGGGAAAGCAGAAAAAACACACAGCGACACAGAAAUCCACCAACUGUCCUUUCUACAAUGAGAAUUUCCAGUUUGAGUUUCAGGAGGACCCUCAGAUCCUCUUUGAUAAAGUCAUAGAAAUAAAGGUGUUCCACAGGCGGACGCUGGCCUUUCUGAUGACCCACAUCGGGACCUUUAAGAUCGACAUCGCCACCGUGUACAACCAGCAAGACCACAGGUUUUACCAGAAGUGGGCCCCUCUCGUGGACCCAGCAGAGACCAGGUCAGGGAUCAAGGGUUACGUCAAGGCUAGCCUAAAUGUAAUAAUGAAGGGAGACCCUCUGAGCAUGCCCAGUCUGCCUCCGUCAUCCUCGUCUGGAGCCAGCGAGGACAUAGAGAAGAAUCUUCUUCUUCCUCGUGGGAUUCCUUCUGAGCGUCCGUGGGCUCGAUUCCGUGUCCGGAUCUACAGAGCAGAGGGUCUGCCCACCAUGGAUGCAGGACUCAUGGCCAAGGUGUCAAAAGUCACAGACCGGACCGUCUUCAUUGAUCCAUACGUACAAGUAACCUUCGCUGGACAGCAGGGUGAGACGUUGGUCGCCAGCGCCACCAGCUGUCCUGUCUGGAAUGAGGAGAUCUCCUUCAUCGAGCAGUUUCCUCCUAUGGCUCAGCGAAUCAGAAUCCAGAUUCUUGAUGAUGCAAAGAUGGGAGACAUCGCCCUGGCAACUCACUACCUGGACCUGCAGCAGAUUUCUGACCCCACAAGGAAUGGGUUCAACCCAACCUUUGGUCCAUGCUGGGUCAACCUGUACGGCUCUCCUCAGAACUCCACUUUAGGAGACGUCCAUCAGGCUUUGAACCAGGGUCUUGGUGAAGGAAUCUUCUACCGUGGUCGAAUCCUCAUUGCACUCUCUGUCGAGGUUUACUCCUCACCAUCCGCCGUCAUCACAGAUCCUGCAGCUGCUGCUUUGGGAAAGAUGAAAGGAGCACUGGGGAAGCUGGGAAUGAGGAAGAAGAGAGGCAGCAAGAAGGAGAAGAAGGACGGAUCUGUUGCUGCUGGUGGUCUGGCUGAUGAUUCAGGAGAUGCUGGAGUUGAGGUACCUGAGUCUGUUACUGUCGAGGUCGAAGAGAUCCACCCACUUCCUGAGGGUUUCUUGGGACAGAAAGAAGAAUUUCUGUUGUUUGCAUCUCUGUUUGAAAUCACCAUGAUGGAUCCAAGUGUCGGAUACCGACCGGUGACUUUUGAGCUCUCUAUUGGAAAUUACGGCAAAGUCGUGAGGGUUGCGAAGCCCAAGAAGAACCAAAGCAAAGAAGAGCUCAGACAGAGCAAAGAGGAUCUCAGGCAGAGCAGAGAAGGUCUAAAUGAGGAGACUCAGGGUCUGCUGGAGUCUGAAGAGGAGCUGGACAAAGAAGAAGUGCUGAAUCCUGAACCUGAGAACAAGUCCUUGUCUGAUGCUUUGAGACCUGAGCCCACUGAGUAUGACAGGUCUUUCCAGUGUAUUCCUCUCCAGCCCCCUUCAUCAAAACCAAAGCCUUGUCUCUUCGUCUGGACUCAGUUUGAAGAUCACAGCUUUCGUCUCUAUCAGGCUAACUUGCUCAGCAAGAUGGCUGACAGACUGGAGAUUGGUCUUGAUGAGGUGGAUCGUCUCCUAAGGAGGCCUAGGAGUAAUGUCAAGGAGCGUCUGUUGGAGGUGUUGCUGGAGUUUGUAGCCUCCUGCAAACAGUUCAAUGGUUUCUCAGACAGAAGGUCUCAGUCUCGCCCAAACAACUUGGACAGAUGCAGAAGGGAGCUCAUCAAGAAGAAUUUAGUUUUGUUGGCUAGACAGGCAGUGAGGGCGAGGCGUAGGGUCACCAGGCGGAUGGCCAAACAACGGUUAAUGGAGAGCAGAAAACUCCUCAAGAAACUUCGCCUUCUAGCCAAAGAGCCCCAGACUAUCAUCCCAGAUGUGUUUCUUUGGCUGCUGAGUGGAAGAAAACGAUUGGCUUACGUCAGGAUCCCAGCCCAUUCCAUCUAUUUCUCAUUGGUUGAAGAGCAGAGAGGGCGGGACUGCGGGCGACUCACCACCCUCUACAUGAGGUCUCCAGGAGCUCCAGCAAGUGAGAUCUUUGCAAAGCUGGAAGCUUACCUGUGGCUUGGUCUUGCAAAGUACAGUAAAGAGGUGACAAACUGCUUACCUGAGGAGUUUCUACCGGUCUAUGCAGAGGAAGAGGAGGAGCAGAAGAAACUGGUCCAUGCUGGGAAGAGGAAACUUCCUGUCAGUCUGUCCUGCCAAGACAGCAGGUACUUCCAGCUACGGUGUCAUUUGUAUCAAGGGCGAGGUCUGAUAGCUGCUGACGAUAACGGCCUAUCAGAUCCCUUCGCCAAGGUCGUCUUUGGUACACAGUGUCAGGUCACCAGGGUCCUGUCUAGCACUCUUUCUCCAGCCUGGUGUGAAUGUUUGUUAUUUGACAGAGUUCUGCUGGAGGGAACAAAAGAGGAUCUCCAACUAGACCCUCCCCUUGUAAUCAUCAACAUUUAUGAUGAAGACGCCAUGGGGGGUCCAAAGCCUCUGGGUCGGACCUUUGCCGAGCCAGAGUUUAAAACCGUGGAGCAGUACUACCAGAAGCCUCACCUGCGUUUCUAUGACAUCAGCAUGGGAAAGGUGCCUGCUGGGGAGCUGCUGGCUGCCUUUGAGCUCAUUGAGCUGGACUACUCCAAAUUUGGAGAGCCCCGCCUCCCAAACAGUGUGGACCCUCAAGAGCUGACCUACCUAGAAGAACAGAGAUGUUACAUCAUCCCAGAUGGGGUCCGACCUGUCCUGAAGACCUUCAGGAUCGAGGUGUUGUUCUGGGGUCUGAGGGAGCUGAAGCGGGUUCAGCUGUUUGAGGUGGAGCGGCCUAUGGUGAAGGUGGAGUGUGCCGGGCGACAGCUGGAGUCUGAAGAGAUUGAAAGCUACCAAACUCACCCCAACUUUAAAGAAGUCGUCCUCUACAUGGAUGUGAAGCUGCCAGAGCAGGCCUACCUCCACCCUCCUCUGACAUUGUUUGUGGUGGAGCAUCGAGCGUUCGGUCGGCUCGCUCUGGUCGGGACGCACGUGGUCCAGAGCCUCAUGACCUUUGCCCCUGCUGAGCUCGGAGGGGAGCCUGAGGAGGAAGACGAAGAGCCAAAACCAAAACCAAAACCAAAAGAGAACCAGAACCUGAUGAACAUCAACCCUCUGUCAGCAGUGAAGGGUAUCGGACUCACUGGCCUGUCCAUCACCCAGUCAAAGAUUCCCAUCAACCCCAUGAAGAUAGUUAAUGCUCCUCUGAAGAAGCUAAUGGACACCGGAGAGGAGCUGGAGGAGGAGCCGCCUGAGAUGGAGGAGCUGGACUGGUGGUCCAAAUAUUACGCUUCACUGCAGGAGUUAGAGAGACAAGCUGCUGAGGAGGAGGAGAUGGCUGAGGCCGAGGCAGAAGCAGAUGGAGGUAACAUGACGAUGGCUAACAUUGAAGAGGAAGAGGAGGAAAUCGUGGUGGUGGAGGUCGAGCCUCCAAAACGCAAGAAGAUCGCCACACUGAAGCUGUACUCUUGUGAUCUGGAGUCUGAGUUCAGUCAGUUUCAGGACUGGCUGCGGACCUUCCCACUGUAUAAGGGCAGAGCGAGCGGGGAGGAUGAUGACGAUGAUGAUGAGGAGAGGUUCAUGGGAAGAUUCAAGGGCUCCUUCCUGGUUUAUCCCAUUGAUUCAGGAGAUGAAGAAGACGACACCUGUAGGAUCACUAAUGGAAUCCCCAAAAAUACACCAAUUAAAGUCUUGGUCCGGGUCUAUAUCGUCAAGGCCACCACUCUGACCCCCACAGACCCGAAUGGUAAAGCAGACCCAUAUCUGGUGGUCACCAUUGGAGAACAGAGCCAGAACACUCAGGAUCGAUACAUCCCCAAACAGCUCAACCCCACAUUUGGAGAGGUGUUUGAAUUCAACGUUUCUUUCCCACUGGAGACGGAUUUGCUUAUCGAAGUGAUGGAUCACGACAUGUUGGGGUCCGAUGACAUUAUUGGGGAGACACGAGUCGACCUGGAGAACCGGUUCUACAGCGGCCACAGAGCCAGCUGUGGUCUGGCUCUUUACUACGACGCUGACGGCUACAACAAGUGGCGAGAUGCGAAGAAACCGACGAUCAUCUUAGCAGAGCUCUGCAGGAAGAACAGUAUCAUGUCUCCAGAGUAUAGACCAUCUGAGGUCAAAGUACUCAACAAAAUCUUCAAGAUCCCACCUGACGCGGUACCUGAAGUCCUUCUGAAAAAGAACCAGCGGACUCCUGAAGAGGAGGCAGAGAUAGAGGAACAUGCAGCCCUGAGCGUGCUGCAGCGCUGGGGGGAGAUGAAAGAGUUCAUCCCUGGAGCCGUUCCUCUGGUCCCAGAACACGUGGAGAUCAGAUCCCUGCUGAAUCCGGACAACCCUGGACUGCCACAGGGUUACCUUCACAUGUGGGUAGACAUGUUUCCCACGGAUGUCCCAGCUCCCCCUCCUGUUGACAUAAAGCCUCGCAAACCUGAGCAGUAUGAACUGCGUGUGAUCAUCUGGAACACCGAUGACGUGUUUCUGGACGACGUCAACCCGUUCACCGGGGACCCGUCCUCAGAUAUCUACGUUAAGGGAUGGAUAAGAGGACUAGAAGGAGACAAACAGGAGACAGACGUCCAUUUCAACUCUCUGACAGGAGAAGGAAACUUCAACUGGAGAUUUGUGUUCCGCUUUGACUACCUUCCAACUGAGAAAGAGGUGGUUUACAAGAAGAAGGAGUCCAUUUUCUCUCUGGAAGAGUCAGAGUUUCGACAGCCGGCUGUUCUGACGCUGCAGGUCUGGGACUACGAUCGCAUCUCGGCCAACGACUUUCUGGGUGCCAUAGAGUUGCGUCUCAACGAUAUGGUGCGGCCGGCGAAAGCCCCCGGUAAGUGUAAGAUCGACAUGGCAAAGGAACGGGCCAGCCCUCGGUUCUCCAUCUUUCGUGCCAAGAAGAUGAAGGGCUGGUGGCCGUUAACCCGGCUGAAGACGGCUGAAGACUUCGAGAAGGAGGAGAAGGAGAGGGAGCAGGCCAAGAAGAAGGGCAAGAAGAAGAAGAAGAAGAAAGACAAGAGAGCCAAAAUGAAGAAGGAGGACCUCGAGUACGUCGACAGCAGCGGAAACACAUACCUGUUAAUGGGGAAGGUGGAGGCAGAGCUUCAGCUGGUGACUCUGGAGCAGGCAGAGGCUAAUCCUGUGGGACGAGCUCGAAAAGAACCAGAGCCUCUGGACAAACCAAACCGUCCCACCACCAGCUUUAACUGGUUUGUCAACCCCCUGAAGACCUUCAUCUUCCUCAUCUGGAAGAAGUUUAAGAAGUACAUCAUCGCUUUCGUCAUCCUGGCCAUCCUCACACUCUUCCUCGGCCUCAUCGUCUACACGAUACCAGACAAACUCUCCAACCUGAUGGUCAACGGAUGAGGAAACCCCCUAAAGGACAGUCUGAGGUUUUACUAUGCCUGAACGGAUCCAUUUAAGGGCUGACUGAAGUCAUAAUAACCUGUAGCAUGUGUAAGCAAUAACAUUAAAGUAUGAUUUGACAGGUUCAGACUGACUGCACUACAUUACCCAGCAUUCCCUGUAACAAUAUCACAACCUGAAGCUUCAGGGAUCUGGCCUUCUCUUGGUCUUGUCUAUUACUGGAGAAAAUAUUGAACACAUGUUACUGUAGAUUCAAUUCUUAUUUCAUUUUUUUCAUUUUGUAUAUUAUACACUAUUUCACUGAAAAUGUGUAAAACUUUGGAUUAAAAUCUGAGCAGAUA